CCUCCUUUAUCGUCUUGCAGCGCUGCUUGCCGACAGACUUAAAGCGACGCUAGGUGGCAGCUCUGACAUCAAUCUGAUGUCGAUGUAGCAUUAUUGGGGUUAUUUGUAGUUUAGACACAGAUGACACACCAAACCACUGUUGCUUUUCUUUCUUCGUUCCCAUAGUUUUACUUCCCUUGUUUUCAUGUCGAUCUUUUUCUGUAAGGAAACUAGAAUUGAUCAACACAGCUUGAAUCAGUUAGUGUGUUAAGUGCUUUAAGAUUGUUAUUCAUCGAUUAACUGGAGUUAUUUAAAACUGAAGCCUAUCCAGUGGAAGGAUGCUAUAGUAAAACAGAUGUUUCUGGCGGUCACUUGAUGUGUGUGGGACGCUGCUUAUGCUAGAUGUGUUUUGUAAACGCUUAAAGGUGAAGGACGGAAACGGGUCCGUUGGUGGAGCACGGGGAGGAGGAGAUGUCAGAAGGCUGAGAAGAGGAGAUAGUCAGGAGGACAGUGAAGGUGAGUCUGACCAGUGGCGCCAGACUUGUAGACCGUGGACAUGUACGAUGGAAGUUCUUUCACUGCUUAAACAUUCCAUGAGCGGAGACGACGUGAACCCCAUUACAAAAUAUUUUACAUUAGGAAAACAAUGUGGCAGUGCAGGUGUGGAGAUGGUCUGGAAGAUCUACGAGGCAGUUAGAAGUGAAGAUAAAAAGGAAGCUUCAGUGUUCAUAUUUGAAAAGAAGAUAGCUGAUAAACUUCACAAACCAAGAAGACGUGAAGUUGUUGCAGAGACUCUUCGGAAAGACAUAAGUCAUUUAGAGAGACUUAGGCAUCCUAAAAUAUUGUCGCUACUGCAUGGGCUAGAAGAAUGUCAUGACAGCCUAGCCUUUGCCUCCGAGCCUGUAUUUGCUAGUCUGGCUAAUGUGUUAGGAAAUUACGAGAGAUUACCAGCUGUUAUUUCUCCAGAAAUCAAAGAACACGAGUUUAUUGAGCUGGAGAUCAAGCAUGGUAUAGUACAGAUAACUGAAGCUUUGGCUUAUUUACACAACACUGAACAUUUGAUUCACUGUAACAUUUGCCCUCAGUCCAUUCUACUGACUAGGAAAGGAAAUUGGAAACUUAUGGGCUUUGGUUUUGCAGAGAAAAUAAAAGAUGGAAAAGAAGGUUGCAUCGGUCAAGCGUGGACUACGAAAAUUCCUAAAAUGGCUCAACCAGAUUUAAAUUAUAUGGCCCCAGAAGUGCAACUGACCAAAAAAUGUAGUCCACUGAGUGAUAUGUUUUCUGUGGGCAUGGUCAUUUGUGCCAUUUACAAUCAGGGCAAAUCUCUAAUCAAUGCAGAACACUCUCCCAAUCUCUAUGUGAAACAGUUAGAUCAGAUGCAAGAAACAUUUGGUAUCGUAGCUCACAAGAUGCCCAUACAAUUGGUGGAGCCCGUAGAAAAGAUGAUCAAUAAAGAUAUUCGGUAUCGUCCAACAGCUCAACUUUUUUCAUUGUUGAAAUAUUUCAACGACCCGGUUGUGAUAAGUCUUCAUGGACUUGAUAUGUGUGAUAAACGUGAUCCAGUUCAAAGGGUUGAAGCUUACAGCAGUCUGUCGCAAGUGGUGCCAAACAUACCUAGGAAAAUGUUGUACAACAAUGUAUUACCAGAACUACUGAAUGAGUGUAAAUCUUCUGACUCCAUUGUUUAUGCCUUACCUACACUGAUCACAAUUAUAGAUUAUGCCACAAGAGCGGACUAUGUUGAUUUGAUUAUGCCAGAUUUUAGAGCCAUUCUUGCCAAUACUAAGCCAGUGCAGGCAACUGUAUAUAUACUCAACAAGUUGGACAUUCUACUGACCAAGUCGCCAAUGGAUGAAAUUAAGGGAGAAAUUCUACCCUUUGUAUUUAAUACUUUGGAUUCUUCUUCGCUUCAGGCUCAGGAAGCUGCAUUGGGUGCUAUUGGUGUGAUUAAAGAAUAUCUUGAUGACAACAUCCUAAGAAAAGUGGUUCUACCUAAAGCUAAAUCUUUAUUUUUUCGCUCUAACAAUGUCAAGAUCCGUAUCAACGCUCUGACAUGCAUUGAUCAUUUAUUGGACAGUUUAGAUAAAAUGUUGAUACUGGAUAAUAUACUGCCCUUCCUUGCCAAUAUAACUGCUCAAGAUCCAGAUGUAAUCAUGUGUAUUGUAGGUAUUUACAAACACAUGCUGAGUGAUAAAAAGUUUGGCCUAACUCACAAUCUUCUAGCAACCAAAGUGAUGCCUUCUUUAAUUCCACAUACUGUAAAUCCUGGACUCACCAUGGAACAGUUUACGUCCCUUGUGGAAGUACUGAGGGAGAUGUUAGAACAAGUGGACAAACAAAGACGUGACAAAAUGAAGUUAGAAACUGUCUCCCUUCCAGUACCACCGAGAGGCUCAUUGAAGAUGAUGAACACAGACAACGAGUCUGACGACAGUUUACCACAUCAAGCGCUCCUGAUUGAGACACAACGUUCUCAACAACUCCACAAAGUCAUGACAUCCCCAGGAACACCAGAAACACAACGCAAUAAAAUCAACAGCAGUCCAAAGGCCAACCGAAAAAAUCAAAGUUUACAGUGUCUUGGUAUGAGUUUGGAUGAGAAGUCCACCUUAGACAAACCUACUGAUACUUUGAGACGCCAUAGCCUAGUACCGCCACCAUCUGGCAGUACUAAUGGCCCAGUAGCCAGCAGCAAUAACCCAACCAUUUCAAUCACCACUGAUGAUUUAAGUCCAGACAGACCAAGACGACCAAGCACUCACAGCCUGGGACCUUUCUCUGUAAGUGGAUUGACCGAUUUCCUCCACCGGGGGAGUGUGUCUUCUGAAAGGAACAGUGGGGUAUCCCACCGUCGGCCCAGCAUGGCCGGCAUACUGCCUAUUACUUCCGCCGAUAGCCGUCGACCGAGUACUCAUAGUGUUGGCAUUCUUCCGAUUUCUAUGUUUGGAGAGGGCGGGGAAAAGCCCCGGAGACCUAGCACCCAUAGCCUUGGGGUGUUUCCUUUUGGUUGCUUUGGCGAGGACAAACCAGAACGUCCCCGACGAUGUAGCACUCACAGCUUAGGUCCUCUAGUGGUGCCUGACUUAGACAGACGAGGUAGUCGUGGCAGUAUAUUUGGAACUUUAGGACUGGGUGAUCUCACAGGGGGGAGUUCACACAAUCAGAGGAGGCCAAGUUUUCAAGCGUUUGGAGAAAGUGUGAUGCAACUGUUUGGUAACAAGUGAAAGUAUUCCAGCCAAAGUUCAACAAACUACUUAGCUCUACCCUCCUCGUGAUAUCUCUAUGUUGUGUGACGUAUUUUGUACAUACAACUAUGUCUAUUUAAAUGGCUUGUUCACUAAUAUAUGUACCAAAUGCACUUUUACAACCCUUUCCUUGUUCCUUAAAAACAAAUCUAUUUUUGUAUACAAUUUUUUCAAGCCCUGCCUGCUCUUGUCCAUGAUUUAUGUCUCCUUAUAUUUUUUUAUAACCGUAUGCAUAAAUGAUCAACAUGUCCAUGCAGAUUUUGGGUAAUAACUGUAUAUUUAUAUAUAUAUAUAUUCUAAUAUAUAUAUUCAUAUAUCUAUAUAUAUAACUAUUUAUUUGUUUAGAUGAAAUGUUUAUGAAUAGGCUACAGCUGGUAACUCUAAGGCACUGAUUCAAUCAGAGCUACAACGAUCGAUAGUAAUCCAAGUGUCGGCUAUUAUUGGAAGUCUGUGAUGUAGUUAUUGCAGGGAUCGAUGGUCCUCUCAGGCUGUGAGAGCUGGUGUUAUAUUGUAGUACCAGACUCUUGACCAUAUGAGACUCUGAUUGUAUGGUGAGUCAUAGAUGUGGCUCGACUCGCCCCAUUAAUGUUAACUACUGGAGUAGCUUAGCUUGGUGUUCCAUUCUAUUAUUAUAUUUGUAUUGAAAUUAUUUUUUUUUAGUUGUCACUUUGGCACUAUUAAGACCUUGUCUGCAAUAAUUACACAUUUUAACAAUAAUGUUUUGUCUCGCGGAAUCUCAAAGUAUUAUUUUAUAAUCAAUAGAAAUGGAAAUCAUUAUUGUAGUGAAUUAAAAAUGUGACCAUGUUACAAACAAUACUGAACCGUAUAGUCCGUCAGUUUAUUUAAAAACAUAUUUAUUAAAGUCUCAAGUUUUAUUUCCGUCCUUAUUUCUCAUUAUUCACCUACGUAGCCUAGAAACUGCUACAGUAAAUGUUUAUCAAUAAAGUAACUCAUUCCACAUGUAACUUAUUCGACACCCAUUAUAGAAUGAUUCAACAAUGUACAACAAAAUGACUGAAAAAAUGUAUUAUAAAAUCGGUACAUGUAUUUACAAAUACGAUAUCUAUCUAUUCUUUCAAUGGAAAUGGUUAAAACUAAAACUAACUAGCCCAAGGAGUGUCCAUUGAGUAACGAAGAGAACAGUAUAAGUUUCUUAUUGGAACAUUCAGCGCUCAAAGAUUGACCGACAUGUACAUUGUUGAACACCCAUUCAGCGCUCAAAGAUUGACCGACAUGUACAUUGUUGAACACCCAUUCAGCGCUCAAAGAUUGACUGACAUGUACAUUGUUGAACACCCAUUCAGCGCUCAAAGAUUGACCGACAUGUACAUUGUUGAACACCCAUUCAGCGCUCAAAGAUUGACCGACAUGUACAUUGUUGAACACCCAUUCAGCGCUCAAAGAUUGACCGACAUGUACAUUGUGGAACACCCAUUCAGCGCUCAAAGAUUGACCAACAUGUACAUUGUUGAACACCCAUUCAGCGCUCAAAGAUUGACCAACAUGUACAUUGUUGAACACCCAUUCAGCGCUCAAAGAUUGACUGACAUGUACAUUGUGGAACACCCAUUCAGCGCUCAAAGAUUGACCGACAUGUACAUUGUGGAACACCCAUUCAGCGCUCAAAGAUUGACUGACAUGUACAUUGUUGAACACCCAUUCAGCGCUCAAAGAUUGACUGACAUGUACAUUGUGGAACACCCAUUCAGCGCUCAAAGAAUCUGGGAAGUCUUUCACAUGCCCAUAUUUUUCAUCUCAACUAAACAACAACAUAUUACUGUUUGUUAUACUUAUUGCUACACGUAUUGUUAUUCUUAGUAAAUAAAUCAUGGGAUAUAAUCAGUAGCGAUUUUUUGAUCAGCAUUACAUUUAUGUGAUUUUUCAAAUAGUAAUUAAAACAAUAACCUGAAUCCCCUCGAAAGGAAUUAGAAUGUCGUAUAAUUUAAAGGUGAAUGUGAAUUAGAAUGUCGUAUAAUUUAAAGGUGAAUGUGAAUUAGAAUGUCGUAUAAUUUAAAAGCUGAAUGUGAAUGGUAAUAAUCUCAAAGGAAAGGUUUUUACUGCACAGUUUGUCAGUGGACGCUACUGGUUAGAGAUAGACUUUAACAAUUUAAAGAUUAUUAAACGUCGGAAACGGUCAUCAGUUGUAUUUCAAUGUCGAUAAAACAGUCAUCAGUUGUAUUUCAAUGUCGAUAAAUAUACAAAUAGAUAAGCAUUGAACUAUUUCAACAUGAUCAUAUUUACUUUUGAUUCAAUUUUGAUUUUACAACAUAGUUGACUCGAGCAUCAAUUUUGAUUUUUGAAAAUCAAUCUUAGAAGCGUUUGAGUCAUUAGCGAAGAAAAGUAAAUUUCUACCAGACAACUUGCACUUUGUUUGAUUCAACAGACAAUAGAAAGAAAAUGGAAGGACAUCAAAAAUGGCAAUAAAAAUAUGGAAUGCAAUUACUAAAUGGAAUAAAAUAGACUCAAAAGCCCUUUUUCAAAUGGUCCAAUUUUGUAAACCAUUAUUUAAAUCGGCAGAAAAGGUUUGAAUAUUUCUUUUAAAUUAUGCUUAAUGUGGAAAAAUAAAUAAAUAUAUCAUUAUCAAAUACAUUUGACUACAUUAUUUUUUCUACUCACAUAUAAGGUCUAGUAAAAUUUUGUAUAUCAAAAUCUUUGGCUGUUUUAUUUAUGCAAAACACACAUACUUAUUACCAUAAUCUCAUGACAUUUUAUCUGUUAAGGAUGUUUUAGAUAUUUCUAUUUCUCUUUAACAUCACUAAUAUGCCUAGAGAUGAAAACAUUUAUUUAAGCUCUAUUUUUUAUUUUAACUCUCAAACGCCAAAUUGUUUUCCAAUGCCAUAUCUGUGAACUCUGACCCUGUACAUCUACUUCUUUAUGACAUGUUAUGUUCACCUUUAUGUUUCACUCUCCGGUACUACCAGAUUCAAAACUAACUCUAUAUUUCUAUUCUGUAUUGAUCCCAACCAUCUUCUUUGUUGUACGUUGAUGUCAACUCAGCACUGAUUCAUUUGGAACAAAUCGUUCAUCGCCAUGUCAUUGGCAUGUAUUAUGUAUUAGAUAUACCAGGAGUUCAACAUGUUCUUUAUUGUGUUCGAUGUUUCAAAUAAAUUCCAGGACUUCCA